UAUCGGUACACCUUCUGCAGAUAAAGCAUUGCAAGUACAGCAGAGACCAUGGCAUCAGCUAGAGAAUCAAAUCCCCUGUUAUCUGAACUUGAUGAAGAAUUUGAAGAUCUUAAUUUAUGUGAAGAUGAUACAAGGAUUGUGUUGCUAGGGGGAACUGGAGUUGGGAAGAGUGCAACAGGAAACACCAUCCUGGGCAGAGCAGAGUUUGAAUCUAAAAACAGUUCCAUUUCAAUAACACAUUGUUCUAAGAAGCAAGAAGGUGAAGUUAAUGGGAGGCGUGUUGCUGUGGUCGACACACCAGGCUUGUUUGACACAGAGAACUCUGAUGCAAAGAGUGUCGCGCUUGAAAUUGUGAAAUGUAUUUCUCUGUCUGCCCCGGGACCUCACGCUUUUCUCCUGGUGAUACCAGCAGGUCGAUACACAAGGCAGACAAAGGAAGUUGUGGAGAAAAUCCUAAAAAUGUUUAGUGUAGAGUCUGCAAAGUACACAAUGGUUCUUUUCACUCGUGCAGAUGAACUAGACACAGAGAUUGAGGGGUUUGUAAAGGAGAACAAGGAUCUCCAGCAGCUGGUUGAGAAGUGUGGGGGCCGUUAUCACACCUUCAACAACAAGACGACGAGCGAUCCCAUCCAGGUCCGAGAGCUGCUGGAGAAGAUAGACAGGAUGGUGGCAGAGAACGGAGGAAGCUGCUACACCAAUGAGACGUACCGGAAGGCAGAAUCAGCGAUCAGACGAGAGAUGAAGAGGAUUCUUAGGAAUUAUCCGAUAGACAGAUUUAUGAGCGGAAUGAGGGAAUACCUGCAGAGCCUAAUAAAAUCUGCGAGAGCCCAAGCAGAACAGAUUAACGAUUUCAUAAAGGAUAAUGAAUGGGCGCUGCCAGUGAUAGCACUGGGGGCAAUGUUAGGGCUGGGGUUAGGGGUAGGGAUAGGAGCUGUAGCAGUGGGGGGAGCGGCUGCAAUGGCAGCUGGAGCUGUAGCAGGAGUGACCACAGGGGCAGCAGCAGCCACAGCGGGGGUAGUGGAGGGACCGGGAGCAGGGGCCAGGGUGGGCAAGGCAGUAGGAGGGGCUGCAGCACUGCUACUAACAGGACCAGCUGUAGGGACGGCAGCAGCAGUGGGGGUAGCGGGGGUGGCAGGGAUGGCAGCAAUAGGGGGAGCAGCUGGGCUGAUUAAAAAAACAAUAGAAGCACCAGAAAGAGAACAUCAGCAAUAG